AUGACUCUCCUCCAAUUUUUACGACAAGCUCGCCAAGUACAUAUCAAAUUCCUCUCAGGUGCACUGCCUGAGCCUCCAAUCUAUGUAAUCGGCAAUCCAUCCGCCGACCUUGACUCCAUCGUCUCGGCCAUCAUCUACUCCUACUGCGCGAACAACAGGCUGCCGGUCAAAACCCCAAGACCCCAUAUCCCGCUCUUAAACCUGCCCAAUUUCCCCGCUGGGACAGAGCUGUAUCGCCUAAGACCGGAAUUCUCAGCUGCACUAUGGUCAUCAACCAAUUUCCCCGCGCUGAAGAGUGAAGAGCAAUUCGAGAACACCCUACAGUCCGCAGGGAACUUCCUAUGCGAGCAUGUUAUGACAGUCGCGGACUUUGCACAGUCCCUCCAAGACCAACAUGUCUGGAAGCAGAUACUCACCGAUGCAACGCUGGUAGACUGGAACGCCUUCCCGCGCCAUUCAAAGACCGAUAAAGGCUCAGGAUCUCUGACCGGGCUACCGGGUGUCACCUUCCGGACUGUUGGAUGUAUCGACCACCACGUGGAUGAGAACUCCAUGCCAAGCAUCGACGAACUGCCACAAGGUCAACCAAUGAUUAUUCAGCCAGGACCUGGGUCAUGUGUAUCGCUCAUCACGCGCGAGUUGCAACAACGGAAACUCUUCGAUGCGAGCCCGGAGAUGGUGCAGGUUGCGAAACUUGCUCUUUCGGCCGUGCUGAUUGAUACAUCGAACCUCACUGCGGAAGGCAAAGUGACCGAUGUAGAUCGUAUGGCUGUUGAAUUCCUGCGAUCUCAAAUUGAAGGGGAAUCACAAGGCGAUUGGGAGCUGGAGACGUUCUACAAAAGCAUUCUUUAUGCUAAGCAGAAUAGUCUUGAUCUUCUUACGAUGGAUGAAGUGUUGGGUCGUGAUUACAAGGAAUGGAUUGAAACGUCACAGUCCUCUGGGAAGACUGUGAAAAUGGGCUUUUGUUCUGCUGUCAAGCCCAUGCGAUGGAUUAUACAGAAGGCGGGUAGUCCGGGGAAAUUUCUUGAUGCUGUGCGGUCGUUUGCGAGUUCCGCUGAAAAAGACUUGGAUGUGCUUGUUGUUAUGACCGCGUUCACAGGCACCAACAACAAAUUUUGUCGUGAGCUGUUCAUCAGUGUUAUGCGUGACAAUGAAUCGGCUGUUAAGGGUGUUAAGAGGUUUGUUGAGCACUGCUCUGACCAUCUUGGGCUCAUAGAAUGGUCUCCGCUCGAUGGGGAGGAUAUCCCCGAGCUAACGGCACAGUGUCUUUCUGUACUGAACGCGGAAUCACCCCCCUGGAGGAAACUGUGGGUGCAGACCAAUGCGGCUGGGAGUAGGAAGCAGGUUGCGCCGUUGUUGCGGGCAGGGGUAGCCAAAUUAUAA